GAGGGGCUGGUGCUAUGGCAACGCCGCACGCCCCCGACGCCUGAGCGCUGCAGGGCUGGGGCCACGGUCCGGAGCCGGCCGGUUGCAGCGCCUUGGACAGCAGCAGCGGCCAGGCUGAGGCGGACCGUGGAAAAGAAAAUGACUUCUGCUGAGAUGCUACCAUCGAGUACCAACACUGAGAAAAUCAAAUCUGUUCAACUGCCUUCCUGUGCAAAUCCUGGCAAUCCUGUGUUUUCCUGUAUGUUGGAUCCAAAGACACUCACUACCAAUAAUUUCUUGACAAACCCUCAGCUUUUACUGUUUAAAACAACUUCAAGUGAAUAUGGUGCUAUACCACCUACGUCUCAAAUGGUACCAUGUACCUACCAUCCAAAGGAUGAAACAUUUACAAAACAUUUGUUAACUUGUGGUUUGACUCAACAUAAUUAUAUAAACACUGCCAUUGACAGAAGUAGGGUAUACGACUACCCAAAUAUGCAGCAUACUCUGUAAAAUUAUACUAUCUGACUUUUCUCACAUAUUUACUGAAAGGACCAGUCAUUUUAGCUUUGGGAAAACAAAAUGCAGGCUUGUUAUUUUUGUUGUCCAUUUUGGGAGUAAAGUGUCAAUACAUAUUACAGUAAAACACUUUUUUACUACAAGGAUCAAAAAGGAUUUUAAGUGAGUAUUUGUUAAUACAUUUCUGUGCAUCAACCCAUACAGGAAUAAAGUAUAUGUCUUGAAAUGAAUGUGUUAAACACAACACUUAUUGUACAUUAAAGAGCUAAGUGCAACAGAAAUUCACCUGAGAGGAUAGAUCUUUGAGGUUAAUGUUCAAAACAAGAGUCAGAUCCCGUGUUACAAGGCCAGACUAUUUUUUUUUUAAACUGAUCAGAUCCUGCCAAUAUUUCAACCACCUGCAACCCCAAGGAAGCCAAGAGGUUAAGUGAGUGCAGAAUUUGUCUCAAUAUAAUUUUGAUGUGAGCAGAUUGUCCUUUAACAGGUUUGUAUUCUGCUUCCAUAUUAGUAUUUGUACUGUGCAACUUACGCAGAGACAAAUUCUGCAACUCCUUCCACAGUUGAGGAAAGUCAAAACCUUAAAGCUGUUCAACAUUUUUUGCAUAAAGGUGGGGACUGUACAGUUCUGUAUGGAGAAGAGGUUCAGUGGUAAACUUUCUGCACAAAACAUGGAGAAAGUAUUUUGUAUAGGUCAGGAUAACAGUCAGUGGAUCCGAUAAAUGCACUGAUCGACUGGAACACAACACAAGUCUGAGGGAGGUGAUGCAACAGUUUGCAGGCAACUUACUGGCUGAAAUGUAGUGUCCAA